GAGGGGAAGCUUCCUGGAUCUUCAGGGUUAAAAGGGAAGGUCUGGCCAGGGGUCCCCAGGCAGAGGACUCUGGCAACCCACACAGCAGGGUAGAGGCACCUCUCUGAGUCUCUUCCAGCCUUCCUAUUGGCGACUUUCAGCUCAGGGCCCGGCCAUGAGACCCCUGCACCUCCACCUUUCUGCCGCCUCUGGCUCCCGGGCCCUGGCGAAGCUGCUGCUUCCGCUAGUGAUGGCGCAACUCUGGGUCGCGGAGGCGCUGCUGCCUGGGAACGACACGGACGUCUACAGUGCGGACACCAGUGGCCCGUGCCCGCGCGGUUCGCAGCCCUGGCAGGUCUCCCUCUUCAACGGCCUCAAAUUCCACUGCGCGGGCGUCCUGGUGGACCCCAGCUGGGUGCUCACGGCCGCGCACUGCUGGAACAACAAGCCACUGUGGGCCCGAGUCGGGGAUGACCACCUGCUGCUUCUCCAGGGGGAGCAGCUCCGCCUGACUACUCAGGCCUUUAUUCACCCCAAGUACCACCAGGGCUCAGGCCCCAUCCUGCCCAGGAGAACAGAUGAGCACGACAUCAUGCUGCUGAAGCUGGGCAGCCCUGCUGUGAUGGGGCAUCGCGCCCGGACCCUGCGGCUGCCCUAUAGCUGCGCCAGCCCGAGAGACAGCUGCCACGUGGCCGGCUGGGGGACCACAAGCACUCGAAGAGUGAAGUACAACCGGAGUCUGAGCUGUUCCAAGGUCACUCUGCUGAGCCUCAGAGACUGUGAGGUCUUCUACCCCGGAGUACUCACCAACAACAUGAUCUGCGCCGGACUGGACCAGGGCCAGGACCCUUGCCAGAGUGACUCUGGUGGCCCCCUGGUGUGUGACGAGACCUUGCAAGGCAUCCUCUCCUGGGGCGUUUACCCCUGCGGCUCUGUCCAGCACCCGGCUGUCUACACCCAGAUCUGCAAAUACACCAACUGGAUCCAGAGAAUCAUCCGCUCCAACUGACCGGGACCGCUUGACCCCUGCACCUCUGCCCUCUUCCUCCCCCCACACGGGAGCCUCUCUGCUCAUGCACACCUGUUCCCACCCACCCUCGUCCCUCACCCCGGCCCUUUCCUCUUCACAGCGCACGCUGGAGCCCGUGUGUAGAAAGCAGUGGCAGAAUUUUGUUCUAGCAAGGAAGCUGGUUUAGUUACUCAGCUUGUGAGAGACACUAUCAGGGGCCCACCCACCGGGCUUCCUGGACUACUUCCUGCUCUGUGACCUGGCACACACCCAGUAUCCUCUCCGGCCUUGAUUUCUUCACCUGCAAAAUGGGGGCGAUGAAGUGCCUAUGUCUCAGACACGUUUCAAGGAGAUAAUGAUGCAGUGUGCGUGUGAAUCCUUCUGAUCGUUGUCAUGUAAGCCUGAACUCGGUGAUCGGGGAGCACUGACUGAACUCCUCCUGAUCCCUUCCUGGUUCAGGCGUGGUGAUGCUUCUAUCCGGGAGGAAGAGCACACGAGAGACCUCCAACACCGUCUCCAGGAAGAUUCACAUUCCCCAUGCCCCUCCCAAGCCUCAGGAGACACCUUUUAUCAAUUUCCUCUUUUCCUCCCACUGUUUGUGGUGAAGGAAGCUAGGUUGGUUUGAGUCACCUGGCACCUUCUCUAUGUGCGUGGGAUCACAGGAGCUCAAGGAAACCCACCCUGCCUCCAAAACCAGAGGUGGGGGGCCUCAGUCACAGUGUCUGUGCCCGGAAGCCUCCCUCUGAAGUUUGUGGGGACUCUGGUUGGCUUGGUAUUAAUUGGCUUUGAGAUUUUUGUCCUGAGAGCUCACAAGAGAAUGUCCUCCCCUCCCUGAAUAUCUGCGUAAAUAUUUCCAUCCUGGGCUGGGAAUGGAGCAGGGUGAGGGGUAUUAGACACAGAAUCCAGGCAAAGCCGAUGGGUAUUGAGCGUUUCCACUUAGCCUGGACUCUUCAGCCAGAACCCAAGCUGGACAUAGGCACCGCCAAAGCUCGCAAGGAGUACAGUCUGUUUGUUCCCCUUUUCAGUCACCCACUUCUCAAGCACUUGCUCUAUGCCAGGCCCAGGGCUGCAUGGUAGGGACACGGUAGCAAGCACAGCAAGGUCCCUGCUCCCAGAGCCCACAGCUGGGCAUGCAAGGCCUGCGUGCAGGGUUUGGCAUCCGGCUCCCUUCCUGUCGGCUGGCCGGUCCCCAUCACGCCCCGGGAGCACACCCAGGAAAUGUCAGUCUGAUCUCUCAGGUGAGGUCGUCACCCUAGGACCAGAAGCAGUGUAGGUGGGAACUCCCUGGGAGCUCACGUUUAAAUUCCGUUCACCACCACGUGUUGAGUCAUGUCCUCCUCCAGGCACUGGAGAUGGGUCCACCGAACUCCUACCCUCAGGAAGCGGCUUGUCAGGUGUGGGAGAAAACGGGCAAACCUUACAUUCUUGUCAUCCAGCUCCUUCCUCAAACAUAGCCUCCUCCAGGAGGCCCGCCUGGAUUACCCUGGCUAAAGACUCACCAGUCUCACGCGCUCUGCUUAUUUCUGCCGUGUAACCAUUAAAGCCGAAAUCUUUCAGUUA